AUGCUUGUCUGUGUGGAGGAAAGUGGAGUAGCCGGAGGAGACCACCGGAGGCGCCACAGAAGACGGGCGCUGUUCCACUCUUGCUUUUACCCACGAGAUGCCGCCCUCUUGUGGUCACAUGUUGAAACUGCGCCCACUUGUGCUGCUCGAUUGCUUCUGUCUGAUCGCCAGUUUGAAUCGAUCGACUCCUUCUUUCUGGUUCGAUGUCGGUGUCAAAUCAGAACCAACAUGGCGGCUCCCUGUGCUUCACGUGAGCUAUUCACCGACGGAGUUCGAGUGGUUCUGAACUCGUGGCCGGUUCUACAGAUCGCGGUGGAUAAUGGGUUCGGUGGCGUGUACGGACAGCAGAAGGCGGACUGGCUGGUGGAUGUUGUCCAGCAGUAUUUCCAUGACAACGCUGAUCUGCAGUCGUUUGAGGUGGAAGAUUUUGUCGCGCAGCUCAUGGAUCAAGAGUUCGACACUGUGGUGGACGAUGGCAGCUUACCGCAGGUGUCCCAGCAGCUCAUGCAGAUGUUCUCAAAGUACCAGCAGGGGGCGCUGCAAGAGCUCGCUCAGUCGAUCCAGACGUUGAGACUGAAAAACACAGUGAGGUCCAAAGUCACUGCUCCUCCUGCGGAGUCGGACUCGGACAGCGAGAGCGACUCACAGAUGGAGUGUGAGACGCCGCAGCCGUCAGCUCCACCUGCUCGUCCUCAGGAGCCGGAUGAAGAUGGCUGGACGGUGGUCAGGAAGAAGAAAUGACGAUGCGGCGGUGGCGGGUCUGUUGGGACGUCUGGGCACCGCAGGUCCAGGAAGGUGAAGGAACUGAUUGCUGCUUUGAUGGAAACUCCUGACGAAAGGUCACAGCGGUGCAUGACCCCGGAGUCUCAUCCACUCCCCCAUGGACACACUUGAACUGGGUGUGACUGGAGUUUUCAGCUGCCAGAUGUGGCGCUCCGGGGAUCAGGACACAAUCAUGUGUGGGUUACAUUUUUAACAGAAACGGAGAACCAAGCUGAAGGUCAACAACUGAGCUGUUGUCAAUAAAGAGGCAGAGACACAGUGAACUGAAUUCACGCGUCCGUCCAGUCUUCAGUGUGAUUUUACAGUCGUGACUGCGCUCAGAAGCAAAAAUGUCGGAUCUCACGGACUCAGAUGAACCUGCCCUGAAAGUAUCUGUAGCAGCCCACGCAUGUGGAACAGCACCCCCUCGUGGGCUCUGGAUGCAUAGCAACCAGUUGAACGUAAACUUCACUUUGCAUGCGCCGAAUCUUCUGCUCCGAGUCCCAGACUGAGGAGCCACAAUUGAACAGAAGCACCUGAGGCAGCAGGGUCUCCAGUGGUUUAUUGUGACCAGGAGGGGCAUGCGCUGCGACGUCGGCUGGACUCUGGCACAAACCACACGUAGAAAAACGGCUGACUGCUGUGACAGGGAGGCGGUCGGAGGUCGUAUCAAGGCACUUACAGAUGAGGUCAGUGGGGAGGAAGAUCUCACGGUCAUCAUGGCGAUUCAAACAAGAACCAAAGAGCUUAAAAGACGCUGGUCGUGAACAUCAGCAGCGAGUGACCCGGGAGGUGAUUCACAAAAGCGGUGGAACCUGGGAGGGCGGCGAGUCGCGCUCGCCACUUCACUUGAAUGGAAGACGGCAGUAAAGCACACGUGAGCACUGUGGAGCUCAUCCGAGUUUGAGCAUCUCCACGUCGACGGUGACUUCCAUUCAUGUGGACUCAACCUGCUUUUGUGAACCAGCCUCGCCGGGUGUGUUGUGCAUCACGAGGAUGGUGAGUUGUCAGGAGAGAGUGCGUGUUCAUGUGUUGAGCCACGGGUGCGACAGACACUGGGCAGCCGUGGCCCUCCGCUCCGGCUCGUGCUCCAGCAUGGUCAUCAGGAAGUCAGAGAACUGGGCCGCCUGGUCCAGGGGCCACUCGUACUUCUCCAGCAGGACCU